AUGUCAGGAAUACUGACGCGGCUCGUGGCCGGAGGCGGUUCCGUCACACGAGCGUUGCUUGGAGUUCGAAAUCCUCGAAUGUUGGAAUCAACUGCAGGCUUCAAGGUGAAGUCUCGUUUGAAGCUGCGAUGCAAAAGCUGCUACUUCAUUCGUGUCAAUGGUCGUUUGCAUGUUGAAUGCAAUGAGCAUCCACGACAUAAAGCUCGGGAAAUAUUCAAUGUAAAGUUACUUUGGUAG